CUCGCUUCCGUCACUCUCUCUCUCUCUCUCUCUAUUUACCCAUCCUGUUCCCUCGCCCCCCAAAACCCUAAUCGCCCGGCUCCUCUGAUUUCUCCAACGAUCUAGGGUCAUCUUUCUCCGUUUUCUCUCUCCUCUCUCCUCACCCGGCUCGAUCUGGUCUCAGAUUUGGUGCGAUCAUGGCAUCUUAGAUAUCUUUCUCUCCGUUACAUCUCAGGCACGAAGUAUUAGGUGGUCUGGAUAUUUCGAUUCCGGACCAGAUGGAGCCGCUCAACACCAAACUGUAUGAAAAAUACAAGAAUCUGAAGAAAAGAAAGUUCUUUGAGGAGGAGGAGUGGAACCGUAAAAGAGAUACCGACCUGAGGAGUUAUCAGUCUGCUAUGGAGGACUUAAUAGAAGAGAUGAAGAAUGCAAAUGAACGGCUCCGAGCUGAAUUGUAUUCCUUUCAGGAACAAUAUGCUAACUGUGAAAAGUCACUGCUUGAAGAGAGCCAGAAAUCCAAAGAGCUCUCUGAUGAAGUUGGAAGACUCCAGAAUCUUUUAUUGAGGAAAAAUGACACAAGUGACAAAUCACUGAUGUCAUCACCUUGUUCAAUAGCUGGAGUAAUGUCCACAGAAAUACCUAAGAGCUUACCAAGACAGAAAACACCAGACUUACGCGAGGAAAUCAGCCCCAUUCAAAAUAAAGAAGCAGCUACCCUUACCUAUGAUAGCCACAAAGUAGAGACUAAGGUGCCAGAUUGUUGCAGAAGAAACAUGGGCAGUUCAAGUGAUGCUUCAGAAGACUGCUGCAAUUGCGUUUUCCAGACUCUUAUGAAGCUCUUGGUUGGCAUGGAUUUUUCUGUCAAUAGUCAAACUGAAAGUCUUUGUCUUUUAGUUGUUCACAAAAUGAGUGGUUACAGUUUUAGCUUAACAUGGAUGCCACGUGAUGGUGGAGAAGGUGAGUUGAUGUAUCGUGUUUCUUCACUGGGGACACUGGAGAGGGUAGCUUUGGAUUGGAUGAAGGAGGACAUGAUAUUUAGCACAGCCAUGUGUCGUGUUUUCUUUGAGCGGGUAACACGAGUCACCGGGCGUUCUUGAUUCGAUACUUGAUGUGCUACACAUGAAAAAAGGAUUGUACUCCAGCCACGUUUCCUGUCUAAUGGGGUUCCAAAGGCAUCACCAUAAUCCAAACACAUGGAGGGUUCAAGAAAUCAGCAUCAGCAACUCUUCAGUAAGUUGCUUUUGUUGGAUUCUCCUUGAAGAACUUGUAUCUUACUGUCCAUGCCAAACAAGUCAAUCUUUUUCUUGCUUCACUUGUCUUCAAACUUAUUUAUUGCCCUCUUUAGCUGAUGCUUCAUCCUCAUAAUGUGGUCUGUUUGGUUGAACAUGAAUGGUAUGUUCUCUGAUUAAAAGGAUGCAAAAUUGUUUAGCUUGAUGGA